AUGCCUCCAAAAUCAAAAAAGAAAAAGAAACCCGCUAAUCCAGCACGUGGAUUUGCUACAAAAAGUACUCCCUCAAAAAUAAAAGAUACAGAAACAACUGAUGACAAUGAAUCAAUUAAUAAAACUAAUGAAGAAGAAAAUUUGCCGAGGGUAGUUGAAAGUGUUAAUGAUCAGGAGGCUAUAGAAGAAGAAGAUAAAGAAGACAAAUUUUUGAUUUCAUUGAUAGACAAGUUAAAACACAUUGAUGAAAAGAAAGUUGAUAGAUAUUUCAAAGAAUUAUCAUCAUUAUCAUCAAUCGAAUUGAAUAAUUUUGACGAUUGGCCAAUUUUGAGCCUUGAUUCAAAUAUUGAACAUAAAAUUAUUGAGCAUUUACAAAAAGUAGAAAAUCAUGAGGAUUACGUUAAUACUAAUGAUGUGGAAAUUAGAUCAACAAAAGAUUAUGAGCGAAUGAUUUCUGAAUUAGACAUAGUUUAUAUGACAUUAUUACGCCUUGGAUUCAAACAAAUUGACAUUGAGAAAUGUAUCAAAACAUUAGGAAAAAGAACAAAGUUAAAAAUGAAUGUUAAUUCAACAAAUUUUGAUAAUUUAUUAAGUGAAAAAACACAAGAGGAUGAUGAUGAUAAUGAGAAAUUGUUGACAGAAAUGAAUCUUAAUAAUAACAAACAUUCAAAUAAGCUGAAGCAUAAAAAUCUAUCAAAUCCUUCAUAUGAUUAUAACAAAGAAGUUGGCGAUUAUGAAUGGGACUUGGUUUGA